AUGACCUCUGAUGAGAUCGCACCCGGCGAGGCCGCCGGUCUCGCGCAACGCGUGAACUUCUACCGCGAGGCUGCCCCCGACCCCGUGCUGCCCGCCUCGCGUCCCGUCAUACUGCAGCUAGACGGCCACAAUAUCGCCGAACUCGCGUCGCGGCUGGGCCCGCGCGGGCUCCCCGAUGAGCUUUUCCGUGCCGCGCUGAGGCGAGCGUGCAGCGACCUUCUCCUCCAUCUCUCCCCCCGCCCCUCCGUAGCCUAUGUCCGGUCCGCCCGCGUCACACUCGUCUUCCCGCCGCCGUCUCUGGAAACGUCGCCAGAAGAGCCAGGGGAGAGCAGUAUCCCCGUCUUCUCCAACGGGGUUGCAUCGGUGCAGGGGGCCUCCCGGGUCGCGGGGUACUGCAGCGCGCGGUUCAACGCGCACCUGGCGAGCGAGUUGUCGUCAGGGGCCGUCAGUUUGGAGCAUAAAGAAGACAAUCUGCUUGGCAUCGUGUUCUUUAGCUCCCGAACAUUCGCCGUGCCCAGCGUCGAAGAGGCAUUGCACUAUCUAGUCUGGCAGUGUCGCAGCGACGACGAGGCGGUGCAAAACAGCAUUAACCACGACGGGGCGAAAAUUGUACCGUCAUGGGCCCUUGAUAGCUGCGUCAUGAAGAGGGAAUUGGACCAGGGCGGAGUGGGCCGAAGGAUGCACACGAGAACGGUAGAAGGCGGGUUCCGUGAGUUUUCCGCAGACACUCUUAAGUUAGUAGCGGAGCCGUAUUGGGACGAGGGCCAUUCUCCCCAGCCUCACGAUCGCGGCGGAGGUGGUGCCCCAACUUUCCCCAAACCGAUGUCCGACAACAACACCUCCGUGCUCGCGGCAAACCAGACUAUCUUCGGGCCCAAUGUGUACAUGUUUAACCCCCGCAUGCCCGCAAGCGAAAUCCAGGGCAAAGCGACGGAAAUCUUCAAGCAGAUGGAGGCCAACGAGUUUGGUCCCGAGAGAUACGCGCUCCUCUUCGCACCAGGCACCUACAACGUGCUCUUCGACGUGGGGUUCUACACGCAGGUGGCGGGGUUAGGCCGGAAUCCGGACGACGUCUUCAUCGACGGCGGCGUCAACGUGCCGGCGUACUGGAUGCCGAACCGCAAUGCGACGUGCAACUUCUGGCGAUCGUUCGAGAACUUCUCCGUCAGUGCUUCGGCGGCGACCAACAACACCACGACGAUAGCCGUGUCGCAGGCCGCGCCGCUACGCCGCCUACACAUACGGAGCGCCAACGGCCUCUGGCUAUUCCAGGUGGACCCGAGCACCGGGGCCGGAGGAUGGGCCUCGGGAGGUUUCAUGGCCGACUCGGUGGUCGAUGGCCAAGUGCUUCCCGGCUCGCAACAGCAGUGGCUGUCGCGCAACAACAGAUACGGUAGUUGGGCGAAUGCCGUCUGGAAUAUGGUCUUCGUGGGCGACGCCAACGCACCUAGCCAGGUCAACUUUCCCGCCUCUCCGUAUACCACCGUGGAACAGACGCCGAUCAUUCGCGAGAAGCCAUACCUUUACGUCACUGGCGAAGGCCACUACGAAAUUUUCGUCCCUGCGCUGCAGACAGAGACCAGAGGGCCAAGCUGGGCAAAUGGUCCGACGCCUGGGGAGUCUAUUCCUAUCAGGGAUUUCUACGUAGCCCACCCGUCGACGACAGACGCGGCCGGAAUAAACACGGCAUUGGACAAUGGCCAACACAUCCUCUUCACGCCCGGAAUCUACAAACUUGACGACGCUUUGUAUGUUUCUCAACCUAGCACCGUCAUACUUGGCCUAGGGAUGCCGUCGCUCGUCCCCGUGGGCGGCCGGCCGGCCCUAUGCGUAGCCGACGUGGACGGGGUAACGAUUGCGGGUCUCAUCAUCGACGCGAGCGAGGUCAAGUCCCCCGCGCUCGUCGAGGUCGGUCCUCCUGGCAGUUCAGUCGACCACAGUGCCAACCCAACCUUCCUCUACGACUUGACGGUGCGCACAGUCGGUGGUACUGCGAAUGAUGUGGGAAUCACCAUCAACAGCCACAACGUGGUGGGCGACCAGCUAUGGUUGUGGCGCGCUGACCACGGCCAGGGCGCUGCCUGGGACAGCAACCCUACAAGGAACGGUGUGGUGGUUAACGGCGAUAAUGUGACGAUAUACGGCCUCUUCAACGAACACCACAAGGAGUACCAGACGCUCUGGAACGGGGAUGGCGGUCGCGUCUAUUUCUACCAGUCGGAGAUCCCUUACGACCCCCCCAACCAAGACUCGUGGAAGGACAAGCACGGAGCGGUUAACGGAUUCGCUUCGUACAAGGUUGCCGACACGGUGACUAGCCACGAGGCGUGGGGAUUGGGCAUCUACUCAUACUUCCGCGAUUCUCCAACAAAGCUGGAGAACGCCAUCGAAGUGCCCGACGUCGAAGGGGUGAAGCUCCACCACCUGACCACCAUCUGGCUCAAUGGGGUACCCGGCAGCGAGAUCACUCAUAUUGCCAACGGUGCCGGCGGCCGCGUCUACGGGAACAAGCCCGAGUCUGCAAUGCGACAGACUCUAACUGAAUUUCCGACCAGCAACGGAGCAUGA